AUGACGGCAAGACGACUAUGGAUAUUCAAAAAUUGGAGGAAUCUUUACGAGAAAGUGCAAAAGGAAGGGGGCCCGGGGAAAUUAGAAGUUGAGAUGUCUUUAAAGGAAGAGCUGGAUAAUUUGCUCGAGGCCGAAGACCUUAAAUGGAGGCAAAGAGCCAAAGAAGAUUGGCUGAAAGCUGAAAAUUUUAAAGAUGUGGACUGUUGUACUAGAACAAUCACCCCCAAAGUCACACCUCAAAUGAAUCAAAAUUUGAUUGCUCCUGUUUCUAUAGAAGAAGUUCAGUUAGCUCUCAAUCAAAUGGCCCCCCUUAAAGCCCCUGGGCCGGACGGAUUUCCAGCAUUUUUCUUCCAACAAAACUGGGAUGUUCUGCACCAAGAGUGCUUUAUUUCUGGUCGGCUUAUCACUGAUAAUAUCAUUGCUGCGUAUGAGACUAUGCAUACCAUGCAAACCAGAAUGUGGAGCAAGACUGGUUAUAUGGGUAUAAAACUUGAUAUGAGUAAAGCUUUUGAUAGGGUUGAGUGGUCUUUUCUUGAAGCUGUUAUGCAUAAGCUGGGUUUUGCUGAUGCUUGGGUUGGAUUAAUCAUGAAUUGUGUAAAAUCUGUCAGUUACUCUGUGGUGGUUAAUGGAAAUGUGGUGGAGAACAUUAUUCUGUCGAGAGGAAUUAGAUAA